CAAAACCCUAGCUCUAAAUACCUCGCACUAGCGCAUUGCCUUCUACUCCAGUCCGUCUCCAUCUCUGCGUCUGCUACCCACAAGCACACGCCCACCUUGCACAGAGUCUCUCUUGUUCGAAGGAACUACCACAAAAAAUGGGUCGCGUCCGUACCAAGACUGUGAAGAAAUCCUCGCGCCAAGUCAUAGAGCGAUACUACUCUCGCAUGACCCUCGACUUCCACACUAACAAGAAAAUUCUUGAAGAGGUCGCUAUCAUUCCCUCCAAGCGUCUCCGCAACAAGAUUGCUGGGUUUUCUACUCAUCUCAUGAAGCGGAUCCAGAAGGGUUCUGUUCGUGGGAUCUCUCUUAAGCUUCAGGAGGAGGAGCGUGAGCGCCGCAUGGACUUUGUUCCUGAGGUCUCCGCCAUCAAGACUGAACAGAUUGAGGUCGAUAAGGAGACUAUUGAUAUGCUUGCUGCACUUGGUAUGGGUGAUAUACCUGGGAUUGUUCAGGUUGACCCGGUUGCUGUGCCUGUGACUCAGUUUGGGUUUGGCAGAGGUGGUGCCCCUGCUAGACCAGGGGGGAGGUUUUAAAUUUAGACGUCUUGUUUAUAUUUCGUUUAUGCUGUUUGUUAAGCUAUGGAGAUUUUGGUUUUAGUUGUUUAAGCAUGCUGGAAACAUUUUGGUGCUAUGCAAUUUAUGAUUAACUAUGGCCUAAAUGCCUUGUUUUGUUGGAGCAAUUUGGAUUAUUUUUAAUUAGUAAUGUCAAUUUUGAUAAUUUUUGGUGGCA